AUGAACUACGCAGAAAAAUUCACUAUAAUAAAAAUCUUAAAAGCAAUUCGUAAUGAGGUUUUUAUCAUGAGCUUCGUAUCAAUCGUUGACUUGCCAGCCACUGUAGUUCCUCCAUUACUUAUGACAUCUGGUAAUUUGACAUUCGAUUGUGCCAUCAAUUUAUUAUUUCUCGUUCUUCGAGAUUAUACUUCCACGCUUAUUUCGAGUCGUUAUAUACUUCUUAGGAUAAAUCAAUUUGAUGGUGUGGAAGAAGACAAACUUAACAAACCUUUUCGUCCUGUUCCAUCUGGCCUCGUCACAGUUGAAGGUGCACGACACCGUUUAAUCGCAUUUAACAUAAUAUUUCCAACUGUAUCUUAUCUUAUCGGUGGUCUGCCUUUAUUUAUCAGCGCUUUUCUUUGGCAAACAUGGUUUGUUACUUUUAAACUUUUUGACCUUAGUGCCAAUGCUCUCUGUAAGAAUUUUUUUUCGGCUUUUGGUGCAUGGAUUAUGUUUGUCGUUGCCAGUAAUCUUAUAAUUGGCACUGAGUUUAAUGUAUCUAACUGGUGGGGCCGUGAACCAUGCCCAUCUAAACUUUCGGUUGUCAUCUUUGUGUUGCUCACCCUUCAAAUCCAGGAUCUUCGGGAUCAGAAAGGCGACGAGUUUAUUGGUCGUAAAACAUUACCCCUUCUUAUCGGUGAUAACAUUUGUAGGUGGUUGACUGCUUUAGCAUUGGUCCUGUCUGCAUUUAUCCUAUAUGGUUCUGUGAAUUAUUAUUUGAUAUUGCCUGGUGUCAAAAAUCUCAACAAGUCUGUUCCGUUAGAAUUCACUAUUAUCGAAAUUGUUCUUUUUGCUGUAGCAGCAUGGGUUUGUGUUAGGUUGAUUAAAUAUAGAGAUCAAAAAGAGGAUCGCUAUACUUAUGAGAUAUGGUAUAGCGGGUUUUAUGCUAUUCUUUGCCUUUAUUAUGGAAUGGCUAUUGGCACAUUUGCCAAGAUAUACUACUAA